AUGGCGGCGGUGCGGGCGCUGCGCGGGGCCGUGAACGGCGCCGGGCCCGGCGGGCCCCGCGAGCAGGCGGCGGCCCUCACCCGAGACUUCCUGUCCCAGCCGCGCCUCACCUAUAAAACUGUCUCGGGUGUGAACGGGCCCCUGGUUAUCCUGGAUCAAGUCAAGUUCCCCAGGUACGCAGAGAUCGUCCACCUGACCCUUCCUGAUGGCACAAGGAGGAGUGGGCAGGUCCUGGAAGUCAGUGGCUCCAAAGCUGUGGUUCAGGUAUUUGAAGGCACUUCAGGGAUUGAUGCCAAGAAAACCUCCUGUGAGUUCACCGGGGACAUCCUGCGGACCCCGGUCUCGGAGGACAUGCUUGGCAGAGUGUUCAAUGGAUCAGGAAAACCUAUAGACAGAGGCCCCAUUGUCUUGGCUGAAGAUUUCCUGGACAUUAUGGGUCAGCCCAUCAACCCCCAGUGUCGAAUCUACCCCGAAGAAAUGAUCCAGACUGGGAUUUCAGCCAUAGAUGGCAUGAACAGUAUUGCCAGGGGCCAGAAAAUCCCCAUCUUCUCAGCUGCUGGGCUGCCCCACAACGAGAUUGCAGCUCAGAUCUGUCGCCAGGCUGGCUUGGUGAAGAAAUCCAAAGAUGUGAUGGACUACAGCGAGGAGAACUUUGCCAUCGUGUUUGCUGCUAUGGGGGUGAACAUGGAGACUGCUCGGUUCUUCAAAUCAGACUUCGAGGAGAACGGCUCCAUGGACAACGUGUGCCUGUUCCUCAACUUGGCCAACGACCCAACCAUCGAGCGCAUCAUCACCCCCCGGCUGGCCCUGACCACUGCAGAGUUCUUGGCUUACCAGUGUGAGAAGCACGUGCUGGUCAUCCUGACAGACAUGAGCUCCUAUGCUGAGGCCCUGCGGGAGGUGUCAGCAGCCCGGGAGGAGGUUCCUGGGCGCCGGGGCUUCCCAGGGUACAUGUACACAGACCUGGCCACCAUCUACGAGCGUGCCGGGCGCGUGGAGGGCAGGAACGGCUCCAUCACCCAGAUCCCCAUCCUCACCAUGCCCAACGACGAUAUUACUCAUCCUAUCCCUGACCUGACUGGGUACAUCACUGAGGGACAGAUCUACGUGGACAGGCAGCUGCAUAACAGACAGAUUUACCCACCCAUCAACGUCCUGCCCUCCUUGUCUCGACUGAUGAAGUCAGCUAUCGGGGAGGGAAUGACCAGGAAGGAUCAUGCAGAUGUGUCCAACCAGCUGUACGCCUGCUACGCCAUCGGGAAGGACGUGCAGGCCAUGAAGGCCGUGGUCGGGGAGGAAGCUCUCACCUCCGACGACCUGCUCUACCUGGAGUUCCUGCAGAAGUUCGAGAAGAACUUCAUUGCUCAGGGUCCCUACGAGAACCGCACGGUGUACGAGACCCUGGACAUCGGCUGGCAGCUCCUGCGUAUCUUCCCCAAGGAGAUGCUCAAGAGGAUCCCCCAGACAACGCUGGCCGAGUUCUACCCCCGGGAUUCCACUGCAAAGCACUAACCCUGCUCCCCCUGCCCUGCUCUGUGAGGUGCUGGUUUGGUUUCUGUCCCCAUGUGUUGGUGUUUACUCGUCGCCCUUUUAGGAUUCAAAGCCAGGAGUAGGUGACACUUUUGUGCCAGUGUUCCCAUGUCCACCGAGACCAGCUUUUAAAAUAUCCCUUCUCCAGGAGAACACUUAGGCCAGCUCUUACACAUGUGCAAUAGCCACCACGAGGUUUGGGUUUUUUCCUGAGCUGAACCUUUUGUGGGCAUUUCAGGGGAGUUGUCUGAGGAUCACCAGAAACUGCAAAUAUUCGCUUGCAAACUGUGGUUUAGGGCAGCAUGAAAGAGCAGAUGUGACUUGCAUGACAACAUUCCUGUCUGGAAAAUGCAAGUUUUGAGCCGUGGCUUAAGGUUCUGAAAGGUUUGUGCGAACUGAGGACACGAGGAGGCAAAUGCUGGGGGCUUUUCCACCAGCAAAGGGUCUCUCAGAGGACACAGGCCAGUGAGUUGCUACCUGGAAGUAGCAGAAUUACUGAAUUAAAGGUCUUAAAUUGAAGUUUGCAGACUAAGUUUCCUACUUAACCCUUUUUUCUUUGAAUUCUGGAAGUGCCAGGGACACAAACCAGCAGCUCAAGUGAUUCUGAGCUCAGAAUCAACUGCUGGUAAUUCAAGGCUUUGUGCUGCUGCUGAAGGGGAUUCUGAGGGGUGAGAAAACCCACCUUAAACCUGACACAGGUGGGAGCUCAGCUUUUACAGAAUGUCCUGCACUAAAUGAUGCAACAGGAGGGGAAAAAAACCCAAACCAAACAGCUUUUAGUGUCAGAAAGGAUAUUUUGAAUGCUGCUCUGGGUGUGCUGGGCCCGUGCUGUGUCUGAAGCUGUUGUGGUUUGCACUCCAGGCCCGGAUUUGCCUGGCCCUGAGCUCAGCAUUCCCAAACCCUGCAAUCUUGGCCAGGCAAUUCCGUGCUGUUCUUUUUCCAGCAGGUUCAGACGAGGCUCCAGGCCCUGCUGCUGGCAGACUUCCAUGCUUUUUUCCCAGGCUUCACAUGAGUCUGAGCUCUGGUCUGGCUCACCGAGGCAUGUUGCACCUCUCUGAACGCCUUCGGUGCCCGUCUGGGGAGGUGUGAACACGCCUGGGCUGCCAGAGUGUGCUAAUUCCAGCUCCCUGACGUCUCCAUGUGCAGCUCUCCCCAGUUCUGUGUUCUCUGUGGCUGCAGCAGCGACUCUAUUCCGGUGCAUUCCACCCAAAGCUGUGUCAAGUCUCUCUUUUUUUUCUUUUUUUUCUUUUCUCGAGGUCGGGGUGGGAGGUUGGAAGUGUUGGCAUGAAAAUACUUUAAUGUAGAGAAUAUCUAAAUAAAUUAAAUAUGGAAGGUGUUGAAGA